UUAAUUUUCAUUUCUGUUCCUUCUUGCUCUCUCUCUCCGGAUGGGAGACGAGCAAGCAGAGGAUCCAUGGCGGAGAGGUCAGCAGCUACCCCGCAGACGGUGCAGCCAGUGAUGGGCGGAGCAGCGCUUCGGGGGCUGACGCCACCGCCUAUGAAGAGAGAGUUUGCCCGGAGCCGGCGCUGGCGGCGUCAGGGAGCGGUGUGGAUCGCGAGCCCGCUCGAGCUGCGGAGGACGGCGAUUCACGAGCAUGGAAGGGAUGUCCGCUGCUUGCGAGACUGCUAUUUCCUAUAUGGACUCAGUCUGAAAUCCAUGAUUCACGGCAAUAUUUGGAUACAUGUAGCAGAGGAGAAAGGAGUUAAGAGAAAUAAGUUCAUAGAGAGAUACAAGGGGGUAAGGUUCAUAGAAAUGAGGGACAUGUUUCAGUGGUUUGUUUGUCGAUGCCGUUGCCUUUGGCAUUGCUGGUAUUUAAAAGACCCCCUGCGCUGGCUUCAGCCUGGUGCUUUGCUUGGCGUAGGUGGUGUGAUGCUUCACGGUUCACAUGCACCUAAUGGGGAAGUAUGAGGCAAGGUCAUGAGAAUGCUAUUGGAAUUAUGCACCUAAUUGAUUGUAUUCUAGUCUUGUAAUUAUUAUCUUAAGAUUGUUUUUUCUGUCAGCAAAGUAUUUCUUUUUGUGCUCUCAGCUUUGUAGAAGUUAGCUGUUGGUUUUUGCUUUGAGAACUGUAAGUGUGUUUAAACUGAUAGCCAGAAUGUUGAAGCGAUGUCUUCUAUUUGGGCACUUUUGCUCUGCGUUCGGCUGCAGAAAUCGAUACUUCGAGUUAUUCUGUUUUGAUCCUAGGUAUGGGAUUAACCACGGGAUAUGAAAUGCAUUUCCUGUUAGGAUAGGAUGCUACCCGCUGAUUUUUACUAUACUCCAUGUUCGAGAGAUGCUUA